UUAAUGAGUGUAGGGUUAGUUGGGUAUUUAAAAAUAUGUUUAUUUUUUAUUCCAAUUUCCCCAUUUCCCUUUUGCAAUUUUGUAUCACAAAGUGUAAUGGAUUCAUACUAUAGUUCAGUUGGUGGCGGUAACGCAGCAUAUUGGACGCCAACAACGGUUAAGUCCAACAAAGAAGAAGAACUGACGUUGUGUCCACCCAAUCAAUGCUUCAGAGAAUGAAUGUAGUACUGAAAGCAUAAACUACAGCAAGCUACAUUGCAGUGCAUGAAAUAUGGUAGUUGACUCAGAGAGAGACAACAGUUGAACAGUUUUGAACAAAUUCAUAUCCUCAGAAAUGAAGGAGAAGCACGAGAGAUCAAGAGAGCUAGCUAUAUUUUGUUGUAUUUUUCACUUUCACUUAGCUAGAGAAUGCAGCUACCAGGUCCAUUUCCUGUAUUGAAGUGGUGUGGAAUGGUUGGUGAGCUGGGGUCACUCCUACCAGGUCCAUUUCCUGUAUUGAAGUGGUGUGGAAUGGAUGGUGAGCUGGGGUCACUCCUACCAGGUCCAUUUCCUGUAUUGAAGUGGUGUGGAAUGGAUGGUGAGCUGGGGUCACUCCUACCAGGUCCAUUUCCUGUAUUGAAGUGGUGUGGAAUGGUUGGUGAGCUGGGGUCACUCCUACCAGGUCCAUUUCCUGUAUUGAAGUGGUGUGGAAUGGAUGGUGAGCUGGGGUCCCUCCUACCAGGUCCAGUUCCUGUAUUGAAGUGGAAUGGAAUGGUUGGUGAGCUGGGGUCACUCCUACCAGGUCCAUUUCCUGUAUUGAAGUGGUGUGGAAUGGUUGGUGAGCUGGGGUCACUCCUACCAGGUCCAUUUCCUGUAUUGAAGUGGUGUGGAAUGGAUGGUGAGCUGGGGUCACUCCUACCAGGUCCAUUUCCUGUAUUGAAGUGGUGUGGAAUGGGUGGUGAGCUGGGGUCACUCCUACCAGGUCCAUUUCCUGUAUUGAAGUGGUGUGGAAUGGUUGGUGAGCUGGGGUCACUCCUACCAGGUCCAUUUCCUGUAUUGAAGUGGUGUGGAAUGGAUGGUGAGCUGGGGUCACUCCUACCAGGUCCAUUUCCUGUAUUGAAGUGGUGUGGAAUGGUUGGUGAGCUGGGGUCACUCCUACCAGGUCCAUUUCCUGUAUUGAAGUGGUGUGGAAUGGAUGGUGAGCUGGGGUCACUCCUACCAGGUCCAGUUCCUGUAUUGAAGUGGAAUGGAAUGGAUGGUGAGCUGGGGUCACUCCUACCAGGUCCAUUUCCUGUAUUGAAGUGGUGUGGAAUGGAUGGUGAGCUGGGGUCACUCCUACCAGGUCCAGUUCCUGUAUUGAAGUGGUGUGGAAUGGUUGGUGAGCUGGGGUCACUCCUACCAGGUCCAGUAUUAGCCAUCACAGCUACAGCUUCCAAGGCUACAAGGAAGAGCAGAAUGUGUCUUCUGACCCGGUAGAGACGUUUUCACAAUUGCUCACAGAGUUGGAGUCAAAGCGGCCUGAGACCCCAAGGAUUGAAAUACUGUAAGAGAAUUGAAGAAUGUUUUGUACAACAGGGUUUUUCCAGCAUCUCCAUUGAGAGAAAUCUGUGCAUCCAAGCAGAGGACACACUGGAAAACAGAGGUCACAGGUUAGGGAUCCUUCCUCUGUUGCCAAUAAGAGAAGAGGGGCAGGGCUAGGUUGACCAAGUGAAGCAGGUAGAUUGAGCUACACAGCUGUAUCACAUUCACUAAUGAUUUAACAUCAUUUAACCUCUCACCUCUGUUAUUUAUACACUAAUGAUUCCACAUCAUUCAUUUCUCACUUCGACUUCUUAUAAACUAAUGAUAACACAUAAUUGAACCUUUACCCUCUCCUACUGGGGCGGCAGGUAGCGUAGUGGUUAGAGCGCUGGGCAAGUAACAAAGGUUGCUAGAUCGAAUCCCCAAGCUGAGAAUCUGUCGUUCCACCCCUGAACAAGGCAGUUAACCCACUGUUCCUAGGCCGUCAUUGUCAAUAAGUAUUUGUUCCUAACGGACUUGCUUAGUUAAAUAAAGGUAAAAUACUUAUACACUAAUGAUUCCACAUUGUUUAACCUUUAAAGGGGAAAUCUACUUUUUCUAUAUAAUGUGUUUACUUAUAAAUUGAUAUGCAACCAUUGAUUCUUGAAUAAUAUAACUACUUCAACUGUUGUACCCCAUCAGAACCCAAAAUAUAAGCUUUGUUUUAAAUUUAAACAAUCACUAUAUAGCCUCAAAACAUUGUUCAAGCUAUCAUUUUGAUAUUAAUGUAUUCUGCAGAAUAAACCCCAUUACAACAACAAAUAAUGUGUCACUAUGUUCUAUUUGAAAGGGCGAAAGUAAAGUGACAGAUAUUAUCCGUAUGUCGACAGGCAGCCAAACCUCCGACGAGCCAGGUGAUGUAGAUCCAUCAUGGCGUCCGGGGGAUCCGAGGUGAUGCAGUUGCGUUAUGACGCAGAUGAAAACCUGCCGCUGUAGGACGCGCUGGGCGGACCGCUGAGCUGUGAUUGGUCGGUUGGGGCAGCAGCUCGUUGCUACGAACAAGCUGUAGCAACGCAGUAGUAUCGACCGGACAGGCUCAGAACAGCACGAUUCUUCAAAACUAGAGCGUUGAUGGCGGUGAAUGUGUUCUCCAUCUCUUCGGCUCUGGAGAACCUGAGUCGUCAUGAGAUGCUGUCCUGGGUCAACGACUCACUACGGCUCACUUACACCAAGGUAGAACAACUGUGUUCAGGUGCAGCGUAUUGUCAGUUCAUGGACAUGUUGUUCCCUGGCUGUGUCCUGCUGAAGAAGGUGAAGUUCGCAGCCCGGCUGGAACAUGAGUUCAUCAACAACUUCAAGGUCCUACAGGCCUCCUUCAAGAGAAUGGGUGUAGACAAGAUCAUCCCAGUGGAGAGGCUGGUGAAGGGGAGGUUUCAGGAUAACUUUGAGUUCAUCCAGUGGUUUAAGAAGUUUUUUGAUGCCAACUACGAUGGGAAGGAGUAUGACCCUGUGGCCACACGCCAGGGGCAGGAGGGCGCCCCCUCACCCAACCCAGGCCCCCAGAGGACGUCUCCCACGUCGACCAAGACAUUCCACGCCCCCCCGAGGCAGAUACAGUCCGCCCCCAUCCGCAGGGCGACGCCCACCAGAGCAUCAGACGCUGAGAUACUAGAACUGAACCAGCAGAUGUUGGACCUGAAACUGACAGUGGAUGGUCUUGAGAAGGAGAGAGAUUUCUACUUCAGUAAGCUGAGAGAUAUCGAGCUGAUCUGUCAGGAGAAUGAGACGAACACCAGCCCAACACUCUCCAAGAUCAUGGAUAUACUGUACGCUACUGAGGGCGAGGUUGACCUUCUCAGCCAACUUACCUGAUAAAUAAAGGAGGCGUUAUAUCGCUUUGUGGCGGCAGCGGAUGAGGAGGCGCCACGUGGAACAUUCUUCCGCUCUCUCCCCGGAUCAGCGCUUCAAGAUCCUACCUCUAUUUUAUAACUCUCAUUCUCUUCCCUCUUCCUCCUGUCCCCCUCCUACCCUCAGACAUGUCAGGCUAACGCUGUACACUGAAUCGGUAUGGUUGGUGUUAGCAGGAUGCUAGGCUAAUGGCUAAUGUAAAUUAGAUAACAGGGUAGCACAGAGCAAGAAUCUAUAGCGCCCUCUACAGAUAGAGGCAGGUAACACAAACUCACUAAUCUCUGAACCCAUGAAAUUCUGUCAUGAUUCGGAUGAGGGGAGACGAAACUCCCUCCACAGACUCACUGGUCCAGUUCAGAGUACAGUCCAGUUCAGUACAUAUAACCAGGGAGGUCGGUGAAGAAUCACUGCGGAAUUGGAUGUUCUGGAAAUGUCUUCAGAACCGUCCACUGGGGCAACAGUGAGCGCUAUUACCAUCCAGUAGACUUUACCUUGAGGACAGGGGUGGUUCAUGAACUAAAUGUAACCCUUCAUUUAAACACGUUUGGAGCAAUGGGACACCACAACAGUGUCAGAAACACUGACAUUUGGAUAAACGUAGAUGAAUGACUAGUUCUGCAGUGAGACAGAGCUUGUUGCAUAUGACAUAUCAAACCCUGCAUUAACAAUAUGGACCAGUUGACCAGAACCAUCCGAGUCCAUUCUGGAGCAAAAACAACGAUCAGAAUGAUCCAGAAGCCAACAAUGCAGUGUGAUGAGGCCAGUAGGAAGCAGAGGAAGGAUUCUGUUCUGUUCAGUAGGGAGCAACAUCCCAGGACAUUCAGAUUGAACUAUAUACAUUCUGCAGGUUUUAACCUCAAUUUCCAUUUUUUGGUUUUGAAUGAGUUAUUUAACGUUGGCUUGGAGUGGCUAACAGGUUAGCGUGAAUCUAUUACCCUGAGAAAGUUUAAUAAAAUGGAUAUGAACAACACUACUACACUGUAUAUACGAAUGGGUGAAUAUUAAUUUAUUUAUUUGAAGUGGGGUUUUUUUUAGCAGCUGUUUAUGAUUGAUUUUCUUCUUGUUAGAGGCGGGGCUUAAAUGGCUAUCAGGGUCAGCCUCCGGUUGUCAUGGCAGACCUGUGACUGACAUGCAUCGUUAAGAGUUUUAUUACAGAGGCUGAAUAAACAGUGGGUUCAAAACCAGAAGGAG